UUGUCUAUUUGGUUGCCCAUCUACUUGUUUAAUGUUUAAUUUUCUUGUUAAAUAUAAUAUUUGGCUAGAAUAUUGGCAUUAGUAUUUGUCAUGAUUUGGAUAGAAACAUAUGAACAGUAAAAGAAUGAUUAGAAAUAGAAUAUAAUAGUAUAGAAAUAAGCAGUGUCAGAUAAACGGGCUUUAUGUUCUCAAUCAUUCUAAGGGUUAAUAAUGUCUUUAAAGCUGGAGGCAUAAUAUGAGGCAGAUCUUAUGACCAUUUAAGCACAGUUUGUUUCUCUUUGUUUGUUUUCUGGCUUAAAUUCCAGGUAUAUAAAGAGAGGGCACUUUUCAUAAAAGGGGAGGGUUAAAAAUGAGAGCAGCAGUGUCAUAAAAGAGCUUUUACAUUUGGGAGACUAAAUUAACAGUACUGGUACAGAUACAUAUUUAGAUUAGAAGGGGUGUGAUAGUAAUCUUGCAUAUACCACGUUAUACAGUGAUGCUCUCGAGUGAACAGUAUAGUUCCAGUUGUUGCUUUGCUUCUCUGUGUAAAUAGUAACAGUUUCUGCUUGGAGUCAUGUUUUCACAUGAUACUGCACUGGUUUUUUAGUUCUAGUAUUUGUUGUCUGGCAUCCUAUUUACACUUACUGAGUCUUUUAGAGUGAGUGUUUGGGUGUUGGUUGUGCAUCCAGCUCUAGGAAAACAUGAAUAAGGUCCGUGGUGAUCUGAGUGAGAAGGAGCGGGAGUUGCUGAUGAUCCGCAGGGCGAGCGGAGCCAAAGCCUCACAGCUGGCUCAGAUGGAAAAGAUGCUGCAGGAGACCAAAAGCAUGAUGGAAAAAAAGACUGAGACAAGUACAGAAAAAAACAUUUACGACGACACCAUGGUGACUGAGCUGGAGGAGAAGGUGCAGCGCAGUAAGCGAGAGCGGCGUAACUCUCUGCACCGCACACAGUUGCUGGAAAGUCAAAUGAAGACAGUGCGUGGUGAGCUGGUGGACACAAUGGGCCACUUGCAAGCACUCAGAGAUGUCCUGCGCCGCUCACAGCAGAAGGCAGAAGAGCGCCAAGCAGCCAUGGAGAAACUGAAUGCCGAGCUCAGGUGAGGUCCUGAUCAGCAAACCUGACCUCCAUGUUGUAAAGUGACAUCUUACUGAUCUGACUCUUCUAUCAUGUUAUAAGACAAUGACCAUAUCUUACUUCCCAGUCCUUAACUGGGUUUAUAUUACGCUUGUUUGAGACCCACUUCAGGAUUUUAAAAUAGCUUUUCAGACAUACCUUUUGUUAUCUUAAAAUUGUAUGUUUUUUUUCUAAUAAUUUAUCGAUUGUUUUCAAACUAGAAAUGUUUGGUAAUACACAUUUGCUUUUGUUGCAAAAAGAGUAGGGUUUUUCUACAUGCAUUAGAUCACAAUAGGUGGCUUAGUAAUUAAAGCAGUGGAUUUUGGAUCAUAAGUUCAAAUCCCAAGCUGCCACUCAUGGACCCCUGAGCAAGGCUCUUAACCUAAUAGCUGCUCUGUUGUAUGAAUGAGAUAAAUGUAAGUCACUCUGGAUAAAAGUGUCUGCCAAAUGCCAUAAUUGUAAAUGUUACUGGAGUAUAAUAUUGAUCAAUGUUUCCUUUUAAGUAUGGAAGACUGUAUCUGUGUCUGAUUUGUUAUUGUUUGUAUUCUCAACAACUUUAAUGAUAUUUAAGGAUUAAGCGAUCUUACCAUGCAAUACCUUUUUUGUGCAACUAGAAAAUGUAUAUAAUUAAUGCUGAUAAACUUAGAAAGCAUUUUUUUUACAGUAAAAAAUAAAGCAGUCUCAAAUCGUUUUAAUUAGACCGAACUGUUUCUAAUGUCAAAUAACAACAGGUAUGAAAAGGACCCCUGAUCCCUAACCCACAUAAGAAUUACUGUUAGUACAAUGUGUGUGACUGUACAGUAAAUAUCAUGAUAGGUGUGUGUAAACACUAUUUCCAUUCUGUAUUUAUGUCCAAUGUAUUUAUGUCAAGUGUUAUAACUGUCAAAGUCAAUAUGGGUCAAUAUAAAUAAUGAAUAGAAACAAAAAUUGUUUGACCUUUUUGCUUACAUUAAUAUAUUAUACUAGAGCAGUAUGCAGUGUUUCCUCUUUACAGAUCCAUGGUCUAUAGAGCUCAGAUGACAGUCUAUGCAGAAUUAUUUUUUUGCAUGUGUAAGUUUUCCCAGAGAUCUGGUUUCCUCCCAACUCCCAAAACAUACCAGGAUAUUUGACUAAACUAAAUUGCCCCCAGAUAUCAAUGUCUCUAUAUGUGGGUGGAUGGUGCCGUGUGAUAAACUGAUGUCCCAUCCAAAACCUUUUGCAAAAAAACCUAGACCAGAAUAAAUGAACUUAUUGAAACUUAAUAGAAAUUAUUGUAUGUAUAUAUUUAUACAUGCAUGGAUUGUUUAAAACCUGUAAUAAAGUAAUAUAUAUAUAUAUAUAUAUAUAUAUAUAUAUAUAUAUAUAUAUAUAUAUAUAUAUAUUCAUUCAUUUCUCUCAAAUGUAACAGAAGGAUAAAGAUGAUGAUUUGAAACUUUCAUCAUAACAGUAAUUUUAGCACAUUUCUAGUUACUCUAUAUAAGCUUAUUCUAUUACUCAUCACUGGAUCUACAUCAUUUUAACUUACAUUCAUAUUAUUGUUAUUUUUAACAUUUUUCUACAAUUUGGCUUUGCAUGGCUUUAUGUGUGUUUAAUAAAAGAUUUGAGUCAUCUGCUUCUCACUUGUGACAGUCAUGUGGUGUUUUUGUUAUUGUUAAAACAAUUCUUUCAUUCUCCCAAAAGGGGGAUGCAUGGGACAAGUGAGAACCAUUAAAAAAUGAGCUUGAACUCAAACUGGACUGUCACAAAAUACAGAUGAAAACCAUCAGCUAUCUACAUAAGUUUUGAUUAACAGUCAUUUUACACACAAUAAAUGUAUACGUCUUUUACAAAGAAUUUCUAUUAUACAAUUAAAUAUUAGGAAAUUAUAUGUUUUAAACAAUAUUUGCCUACAGUAUAUUGAAAAUGUCAUGCUGUAUGAAUGUAUCACAUCGAAGAAGCAAUCUGAGUUUGUGUCAUCCUGUGUCAUAGCAAUGAAGAGUAUAUCAAA